UGUCGCUGGUUCAGCCUGUGCUUUACUGUGCACAGGGAAAGGCUGCAAAAAGCGGACAGAUUGAAAGUAAUGCGAUCAGCAGGGUGAGGAUUAAACAGCAAAAAAAAAAAAGAAAAAAAGAAGAAGAAACCCGAGGUCGUGGUGCAUUUCAUCUGGACAGGCACAACAAUGGCAGAGUUAUUGAAGCAGUACCGUGAGAGAAUACACACUGAGCUUGACAGAGUUGUGGAUUUCUGGCUGAAAUACUCUCAUGAUGAGCAAUACGGUGGGUUUUUUACCUGCAUUGGGAAGGAUGGAAAGAUCUAUGACGAACUCAAGUAUAUGUGGUUACAGGGCAGACAGGUGUGGAUGUACUGCAGGCUGUACCGGACCAUGCCGAGGUUUCACCGGCCAGACAUUCUCCAAGCUGCCAAAUCAGGCGGUGCAUUUCUCCAGAAAUUUGCUCGAGUGCAGGCCUCAGACGGUCCGGCAAAGUGCGCGUUCUGUCUGACGAGGGACGGCAAAGCAGUAAAGGUUCAAAGGACAAUCUUCAGCGAGUGUUUCUACGUCAUGGCCAUGGAUGAACUUUCCCGGGUCACAGGAGACAAAGAGAUGCAGUCCGAUGCAGAGAAGAUGAUGGAUCAGUUAGUGCACUGGGUCCGGGUUGACCCGUCGGGUCUGGGUCGUCCUCAGCUUCCUGGCGAUCAUCCUGUUAACAGCAUGGCGGUUCCUAUGAUGCUCAUGUGCCUGGUGGAUCAGCUGACAGAGGGCAGAGUAGAGCUUACGGAGAAAUACAGUGAGCUGGGAGACUGGUGCGUCUCUCAGAUCCUGCAGCAUGUACAGAGAGAUGGAAAGGCCAUUCUUGAAAAUGUGUCAGUGGAGGGAAAGGAGCUGCCUGGCUGUCAGGGACGUUUGCAAAACCCAGGUCAUGCCUUGGAGGCUGGCUGGUUUCUGCUCCAGUAUGCAAAGGCAAAAGGUGCAGCAGAUCUGCAGACUACGGCUGUGCAGAAGUUCAUGGAGGUUCCUUUCCUCACCGGCUGGGACAAAGAACAUGGAGGACUCUUCUACUUCCUAGAUGCUGACGGCCACUGUCCUACCCAGCUGGAGUGGAACAUGAAGCUGUGGUGGCCUCAUUGCGAAGCUCUCAUCUCUUAUCUAAUGGCUUACGAUCACUUCAGAGAUCCUGCACUGCUGGAAAGAUUCACCCAAGUCUAUGAUUACACUUUUUCCCAUUUUUCUGAUGAAGAGCAUGGCGAGUGGUUCGGAUAUCUGAGUCAGCAGGGGAAAGUGGUGAUGGAUUUUAAAGGGGGGCCUUUCAAAGGUUUCUUCCAUGUUCCUCGAUGUCUCUACAUGUGUGAGAAGAUGCUGGAUCAUCUGCUCAAUACACUCAAGUCUUAAAUGUAACCAAAAACUGAUGGCUGACAUUUUAUGCACUUUUUUUUUUAAACCACUGUGACAUUUAUGCAUGCUUACUUACACACUCCAUGUUAAUUAAUACUGAGCCUUUUUGGUCUACUGCAAGUGCCAAUGUUUUAUAUCGUGAAAUUAUAAAGGGAAUAGUUAUCUGGACCCAAUGUCAAGCCAGUGAAAUUAGUUGCUUUCCAGGACACAAGCCAACAUUAUGUAGCAUGUUCCACUCAUAAUUAUUUCUUACAUCAAUGAACUUGUGUGAAAGCAAAAGAAUAGGUUCAUUCCUUGAUGUAAUGUUAAUAGCACUACAUAUUCUCUUUAAAGUAUUCAAGGAAGCAAAGCAAGGUCACAAGCAACUCAGGGUUACAAAUGCCUUUUGACUUUUUUUUUAUUAUCUCAGUUCAGACUCUGGACACAUUUUAGAAUUACCCUAGAUUAAGCUUUUAAUCACUGCUCUAACCCUCAGUGGUUCAUUGGGCCAAUGUAAGCGUUCAUGACAUCGUAUUGCUUUUAGUGAUGAGUUGAAAAUGUUCAACUAUUGUAAAUUUAGAUAACAUGCCUAAAGUGUUGAAAGGUUUUUUUUUAACAAUUAGAACACAACUAUAAUUAAGACAUGGUGUGUUUGCUAAUCCUCUAAACAUAUUAAGAAAUUGUUUUUAAGAAAAUGUUCCAGAUUGAUAUUUUUAGCCCUGUAGUUAUUUUCUGGUCUGAUUAGGUGAUUUUACAUGAAUGCAAUUUAUCAAAAAUUGAACACUCUACUACACUAUAUUUUACGUACUUGAAAUGUAUUGCUGAGUCGGCAUUCUGAUGGUGGUCAAUUAGAACUGGAUCGUUCACAACGCAGUGUAUACAAGGUGGUUUUAAACAUGGGGG